AUGCCGCUCCAUCAGUACGACUACAUCUUCGCCAUUGGCACCAUCUUUGCCUUCCUUGACGCCUGGAACAUCGGUGCCAACGAUGUCGCCAACUCGUGGGCCACCUCGGUGUCCUCGCGCUCCGUCAAGUACUGGCAGGCCAUGAUCCUGGCCUCCAUCAUGGAGUUCGCCGGAGGUAUCGGUGUAGGUGCCACCGUCGCUGAUACCAUCCGGACCAAGGUCGUCGAUCCCAAACUUUUUGAAGGUGAUAAUGCACCAUUGCUCAUGCUGGGUAUGGCCUGCGCUCUCGUCGGCUCCUCACUGUACCUCACCUUCGCGACCCGGAUCGGUCUCCCCGUUUCCACUACCCACUCCAUCAUGGGCGGUGUUAUCGGCAUGGGAGUUGCUCUGGUUGGCGCUGACGAUGUGACCUGGUGGGGAGGAAACAUCAACUCGGGGGUUGUCCAGGUCUUCCUGGCCUGGAUCAUUGCGCCUUUUCUGUCUGCUGCAUUUGCGUCCAUCAUCUUCCUCACCACCAAAUAUGCGGUCCUUCUUCGGAGUAACCCUGCCAUGAAGGCCUGGUAUACUGUUCCAGUGUACUUCUUCAUCACCUGUACACUUCUUGCUAUGCUCAUCGUGUGGAAGGGAGGCUCCAGCAGAAUCGACCUCAACGGAGGAGAGAUUGCUGGAACUGUCGUUGGAACUGGCGCUGUCAUGGCAGUCCUUUCAGCGAUCUUCCUCUGCCCCUGGCUGUACCGUCGUGUCAUCUGCGACGACUGGCAGUUGAAGCCCUGGCAUCUACUCCAGGGACCCCUUCUCUUCCGCCGCGGUGAAGUACCGCCUCGCCCUGACGGUGUCAAGACCGUGCAGAACUACUACCGCGGCCACAAGACGUUGGAGGAGAUUCAGGCCGAGCGUGCUGCAGGCAAUGACGAGGAGGGUGCCCCCAAGACCACUGGUGAUGGUGCAUCAGACGAGCCCAAGCCAGAGCCCAAUGUCAUCUCCAGCUCCAGCUCUGCCACUGCCAACCAAGAGAGCGAUGCGAUUGUGAUCACUGGACCCCGUCCUGAGGGAAGCAACUUCCACCCGCUGGUCAUCUUCUGGUACAUCAAGCGAGCGUUGUUCCGCGGUAUCGAGCAGGACGUUGUCGCUAUGCAGAACAAGCGCAACCUCCUCACUGGCGAUAUCGAAAUGACCCACGCUCACGCCGAACACUACGAGAACCGCGCCGAGUACAUGUUCUCUUUCCUCCAGGUCCUCACUGCUUGUACUGCCUCUUUCGCCCACGGUGCCAAUGAUCUGUCCAACGCCGUCGGCCCCUAUGCCACCAUCUACGCCGUCUGGAACUCCGGCGGUCUUAGUGGAGAUGGUUCGGAAGCUGAUGUUCCCUACUGGAUUCUUGCCUUUGGUGGCGCGUCCCUCGUCAUCGGUCUAUGGACGUACGGCUACAACAUCAUGCGCAACUUGGGUAACCGUAUCACUCUGCACUCACCCUCGCGUGGUUUCACCAUGGAACUGGGCUCUGCAAUUACCAUCAUCAUGGCCACCAAGCUCAAGCUGCCUGUCUCCACCACCCAAUGUAUCACCGGUGCCACUGUCGGUGUUGGUCUCUGCAACGGUACUUGGAGGACGAUCAACUGGCGUAUGGUUGCCUGGAUCUAUAUGGGCUGGAUCAUUACCCUGCCUGUUACUGGUAUUAUCUCCGGUUGCCUGGUUGGGAUUAUCAUCAAUGCGCCUCGCUGGGGAAUGCCCCUGUAG